AUGAAUAUUCUCCAAAGCCCGCACUUUCAAGAUUUCAAAGUUGUGCUUUCUCUCCUCGGACAAUGGCCUUCUCAGUCACGACUGCAACGAUACAGUGCUCGGUUUUUCGUGUUAUUUGCUAUUUUCAGUAUUUUAACACCAAAGGUUAUCAAAUUUGUUGAAGUGAUGGAUGACAUUGACGGAAUCAUCGCGUGCUUGCCCAUGAUUUUCGUUCAUCUUACUAGUCUUACCAAAUAUUUCAACUGGAUUAUAAAUACAAGCAAGUUCGACCAUCUUAUUUUUCUGAUCGAGCGUGAUGGACAGACUUUGGAAGUUAAUCAAGAUGUUGAAAUUAUGGACGAUUGGUUGAGAAAAAUCAAAAGUAUUUCAACGACUUAUACAACUUCUAUGUUCGGGAUUCUCGGAGUGUUUUUGAUCUCUCCAGCAUUUCCAAAAGUGUUGGACAUAAUAAACCCAUUGAACGAAUCCCGUCCGCUGUUACAAAUCUACGAAACAGAAUAUUUUGUGGAUGAAAACGAGUAUUAUUUGUACAUACUGCUGCACGCCUAUAUGACCGUACCGAUUUCCAUGGGAGUCCUUAUAUACUUUGAUAUUCUCCUUGGAACCCAUGUUUACCACGCUUGCGCAAUGUUUGAAAUACUCCGAACAUAUUUGAAGACAAUUCACGUAGAAAUUUGCGAUGAACAAGUUGAGGUGAAAGAUAAAUCAAAGAAAAUAAUCCACUGCGUUCGCAUGCACAGAACUACUCUAGAAUUUGCCGAUGAAAUAGACUCGGCUUACAGCACGGCUUGGUUCAUCAUGCUGAUAACUUGUCUUGUAGGACUGACCUUUACCGGAACAGCGGUAAGAUUGAUUAUUAUUGAUACUUUACCUGAAACAAAUGAAGCGAUAAAAUACGUUUCAUUUUGUCUGGGCCAUGCGUUCCAUCUUUACUUCACAAGUUUUCAAGGACAACUUCUUAUAGACAACAGUGAAGCGGUCUUUUAUGAUACGUUAUGGUAUAGAAUUCCCAUCUUUUACCAAAAACUCCUUAUUACAAUAAUGAUGCGAAGCAUGAAUCCCUGCAGAAUUUCAGCUGGAAAAGUAUAUAUUCUCGCGAAGGAUACUUUCAGUUCAGUGAUGCAAAAAUCGAUGUCUUUCUUCACAGUUCUGUCAUCAAUGCGU